AUGGGCCAAGGCUUCGGUAGUCAAGCGAGUUGGAAUAACACUAUCUGGGGAGAUAAUUUGGGAGACCAACAUGUCGCAGACGGUGGAUCAGACGCUAAAGCAGGUUCGAGCUCUUUAUUGUCUUCCUCGGAAUCCGAUGGCUGGAAUGCUCGCCCCAACCUUCCUUGGAGCACCAUGAAACCCGCCUCGGCCGGUUUAUCCAGAACGGCAAACCCUGGCAUGACCACAUCCCCGAUCCAAACCCGAGCUUCUGAUCGAAGCGCAGCUGUCCUCCCCGAGACGGCCGAUUCAUCUUAUUUCUCUCUACAGAGGUCAUCCGGAGGAGCACCUACCCACAAGGUUUAUUUAAACACGGGGUCGGAGGGGAUUUCUCCGUCCGGAGACGGGAUGUCUCUUGGAACUAUCGGUGGCUUCAGACCUGAAGCUAGACGUCACGCCAACACAUCCUCCGCCUUCGGAGGUAGUCCUGUCGGCAGCGGGUUCCCCAUCCGAAAUGGAUUGUCUAGUCCGCUUGACAGCACGGCAUCCGAUGGGAUGUCGGCCUCGGUGGCGAUGGCCUCUCUUCCUCAGACGCUGCCGGAUACCGCGGCCCAGUCAUUGGGGCGCAAUGUAUAUGCACACGCCUCUUCCAAUUCUGCUUCAUUUGCCCCCGCUAGACCACCUCACUCAUCGUUUCCCUCGUUCCACUCGGAGAGCCAAGGGUUUGAAGGGCGGUACAGUAGUCACUCCGUCGAUCUUAACGCCGGUCUCAACAAAUUGCAACUCAAUGAUAACAACUUGGGGGCUCACAGUGCGGGAAACCGGCCUGCCUACAUGUCUCAUCCCUCCUUUGAUGGUUCUCUUCAACGACUCAGAUACCAGACUUCGACUGAGCAGAGCAACUACCCGGCUUAUCCAAAUGAAGCCCCGUCGGACCUGUCACUGGCGUAUUCAACGGCGCGUCCCCGAUUCGGGGACCCGAUCUCGCCUACCGAUUACGCCCGUAUGGAAAGCCCCUUCCACCCGGAACUCUCUGCCCCGCAUUAUCGAAAUGCCUCCGGGGGGCGCCUGUCCGACCACCAAACCGCUACGUACGACCGACGAUUGCGGGGAAUGGCCGCGGAACAGGAUGUCGCUGCGGCAAAUGUUAAUCCGUUGCAACGGAUGGCUUUUCAUGGUGGGUAUGACGUUUCACGCUAUCAAACCUCAGGACUCCAGGGAGUGCCUGCUCUCUACGGCCCGGCAGCUCAUGCAAAUGUGGCGGCUCUUGCUUCUAGGGGUCUCCGUGAACCGGACCUUGCGCAGGCAACCAGGAGUCAGGUGCUGGAGGAGUUCCGCAGCAAUAGCAAGGGUAACAAGCGAUACGAAUUGAAGGAUAUAUAUGGUUAUGUUGUCGAAUUCAGUGGAGAUCAACAUGGAUCUCGCUUUAUCCAGCAAAAGCUCGAGACCGCCAACAGUGACGAAAAGGAGAUGGUGUUCCGGGAAAUCCAAAGCAACGCACUGCAACUGAUGACCGAUGUUUUUGGCAACUACGUUGUACAAAAACUUUUUGAACAUGGCAACCAGACUCAAAAGAAGGUUCUAGCUAAUCAGAUGAAGGGACAUAUUCUGAGUCUGUCUCUUCAGAUGUAUGGAUGUCGUGUCGUUCAAAAGGCAUUGGAACACAUUCUUACCGAUCAGCAAGCAACCAUGGUUAAGGAACUCGAAAACAAUGUUCUUCGCUGUGUUCGAGACCAAAAUGGAAACCAUGUGGUUCAGAAGGCCAUUGAACGGGUUCCAUCCGAGCAUGUACACUUCAUCAUUGAUGCCUUUAUCGGUAGCGUGGAGAAACUUGCCACCCAUCCUUAUGGAUGCCGUGUUAUCCAGCGGAUGCUUGAACAUUGCAAGCAGGUGGACCGCGAACAAAUUCUUUCAGAGUUGCACGCCUGCACGGUCAAACUCAUUCCCGACCAGUUCGGAAACUAUGUGAUUCAACAUGUUAUCGAGCACGGCGAGGAGAAAGAUCGUUCCGCAAUGAUCAACAUUGUCAUUUCGAACCUUAUGUCUCAUUCGAAGCAUAAGUUUGCCAGUAACGUGGUCGAAAAAAGUAUCGAGUUUGGCGAAGAAGGCCAACGCUGUCACAUCAUUGGUAUGCUCACGCAGACCAACGACAGAGCGGAAAGUCCUCUGCCUGCACUGAUCCGUGAUCAGUAUGGCAACUAUGUCAUACAAAAGGUAUUGAGCAAGCUGAAAGGCGAAGAGAGGGAGACUCUCGCCGAGCAGAUUCGGCCCCUACUUGCGGGGUUGAAAAAAUACAGCUAUGGCAAGCAAAUUGCCGCCAUCGAAAAAUUAGUAUAUCCCUCCGGUGGCGUUCCUCCCCCGGCCCAUGCCAGUCAUACCUCGUCAUCCACCACACCCCCCAACUCGCACAAAUCCUCUCCUCAGCCAUCCAAACGCUCUGUGAAUGGAUCCGAGAGUGGUCGGGGCCCAGUUGUCGGGGCGGCACCGCCUACGCCACCUCCCACCGACACUCAAGCCAAUGUCGACGGAUCGACCGAACCCAAGAGUGUUGCCAGAAGCAUCGUUACUCCUUUGGCCGAGUCCGAGUCGGCUGAUGCCAUGCCGGCCCCGUCGGCCACCACCAACGGCACCACCUAA